GUUCGCUUUGCUCCGGUCGCCGGUUCGUGAGUAUUCAAACAUGGCCGCCUCGAAGCGUAAGUUGAUCGGCAUGGCCCUGCUAAUCGAUGAAAGUCUAGACUGUGAUCACGCGCCCGCAAAACAACCGAGACCCUGGGCAAGAGAAUGGCUCUUGCGAAAGGAAAGGGCUAUUCAGAACACGCUACUGCCCGACCUUCGCCUAACUGAUCCCAAGGCGUACCGAGAGCUCUUGCGGAUGGAUGAGGGCACGUUCGAAGAGCUUCUGGGCCUCGUAAGGCCAUUAAUUCAAAAAGAAGAUACCAACAUGAGGGAGUCGAUCAAGCCCGACACCAGACUGGAACUCACAUUGAGAUUCUUAGCCACAGGAGAGAGCCAGAAAAGCCUGGCUUACCAGUUCAGACUUGGCCACGGUACCGUGCACGCAAUACUGUGGGAGACGUGCGCAGCAAUAUGCACCACCCUGGGCCACCUAGUCCACACACCUGCCACCGAGGAAGAGUGGUUGGCCAAGGCCGAAGACUUCAAGAUGAUCUGGCAGUUCCCCAAUUGCGUCGCUGCCAUUGAUGGCAAACAUGUCCAGAUCGUUAAACCUGCGAGGUCUGGUAGUCUCUACUACAAUUAUAAAAAGACAUUUAGUCUUGUGCUGUUCGCACUCACGGAUGCAAGAUACAACUUCAUCUACGUUGACGCCAGUUCUUAUGGCUCCGCAAGCGAUGGUGGAGUUUGGGCAAGGACUCCCCUGGGCAAACAGGUGGCUAGAGGCAAUGCACACCUGCCGAGAACAGUGGCUCUGCCGAACUCGCCGCUUCAGCUGCCGGCGGUGAUUGUAGGAGACGAUGCCUUUCCACUGGCUGAGCACCUUAUGAAGCCGCAUUCAAAAAGCAACCUAACGGACGAAGAGGCCACCUUCAAUGAACGCCUCUCAAGAUCUCGGAGGGUGGUAGAAAACAGCUUCGGCCAGCUGGCCAACAGGUUUCGUGUGUAUCAUACUACCAUCUACGCCGAGCCUGACCAUGUGAGAGACCUGAUCAAGGCGACGUGCAUUCUGCACAACCUCCUCAAGCGUGGUUCGAGCCCCCCACUGCCGGCCACUUCUGACAAACCGAAAACAACAAGCAAGUUGCUGCCUCUAGGGGCAUGUGGUGCCCGGUAUGGUGCAACUGCAGCAUUCAUCCGGAACGAGUUGACUAAUUAUUUUUCCACUGUAGGAGCUUUGCCAUAGAAUUCUGGGAGGUGAGGCCCAGAAGCAGACUAAAAUUGAAAAAAAAAGUUGUUUCUGUUACCCCAACUCUAGGAAAUAGAUUUGGUUUGGG